AGCAAAGGCUGAUGGGCUCAGGCUGUGUGCCAGUGCAACCUGGUGAGACACAACGAGAGCAGGGACUCUUGCAGUGCUCACUGUUGACGCACACCAUGUCUGACAGGAAGCGGAAGGCCCCUGACUCGAGGCAGCCAGGUGAGAGCAAAGGAUCCCUGCAUGCAGCUCUCACAGCUGGGCAAAGGGGUGCUGGGGGUCUGCUUGCUGCAAAGAGGAGGAAGGGGCAGGCAGGGGCUCCCCAGACACAAUGGGGCAGGUUCCCUCUGCUCCUUGGCAAGGGGGCCCAGCUUGGGCUGUGGCUGCCCGCUGGCACCACUGGGCCUGCAAUGGCCCCUUCCCCUUCAUCGCCUCCAGCCCUGCCCCUCAGCCAGCACAGCAGGCAUGGAGCAGGACCCUGGGGACAACCCUCAGGGACACCUGGCCUUGCAAGGUACUCACUGCUGCUCACAUUUGCUCUCUCCAGCAUGUAUGCUGUGUGGCCGGGCAGAUGUUGACCCAAAUAUCUUUGGGUAUCUAUGUCAGAGGAACGGGAUCCUUGUCCACUCAUUUUGCCUGUUGUUUGCCACCGGCCUUUAUCAAGAAGACGACUUUAUGGUGGGAAUUUUGGGGUUCCCCCUUCAUGCCAUCACAUGCAUAGCCAAGCAGGCAAACCAGAAGCAAUGCUGUGUUUGUGGCGAGAGGGGAGCUGCCAUCACAUGCGCAGAGAGUGGCUGUGAACGAAGCUUCCAUCUACCCUGCGCUGUGGAUGGGGAAUGCAUCACCCAGUUCUUUGGGCAGCACAGAUCCUUCUGCUGGGAGCACCACCCUCAACAGCCAGAGAAGGCAGCUCCAGAACAUGAUACCACCUGUGUGAUCUGCCUGGAGCCUAUGAGAGAUAGCACAUCCUACCACACCCUGGUGUGCCCAGCGUGCAGAAGUGCCUGGUUCCACCGGGGCUGCGUCCAGCAACAGGCCAUGAAUGCUGGCACUAGGUGCUUCCAGUGCCCCAUUUGUCGAGACAAAGAUCAGUUCCAUUCAGAAAUGUCCACCAUGGGGAUCCAAAUCCCAGACAGAAGACCAACUUGGAUGGAAGAUGACACAUACCCGUCACUUCUAGAGAGGCACAGGCGCUGCGAUGUCAACCAGUGCCUUUACCCAGGAGGGAGGGAGCAGGCAGAGAGAGAGGGGCCCUGGCAGCUGAUCCUAUGCAGCUCCUGUGCUGCUGAGGGCACCCACCGACAGUGCUCCUACUUGAGCAACAGCACAAACUCCUGGGAGUGCGACAGCUGUGCCGGCCUGGGGACCGCCUCCAGCGACAACACUGAGCUUGCUGGUCCCAGCACUGCCAGUCAGAGGGGUCUGGAGCCAUCCAAUGGCUCCUCGGAACCGGACAACUUCAGCUCCAGGCCCGCCAGCCAGGCAGCAUCGGGGCCACCACACGUUUCCCAGCUGCCUGAGCACAGCGACCAGCCAAGUGAGUGUGGGACAGAGCAGAGGACAAAUUGCCCACGUUCUCGUGACAAUCAGGUGUCCUCUGAGCAGCGCCGCGGACGCCGGGGGAGCAGACGCCGGGGGAGCAGACGCCGUGGGAGCAGACGCCGUGGGAGCAGACGAGCAGCAGCCCCAAGGGCUCAGAGCAGCUCCCACACAUCUACCAGACGGAGGACAUCAGGGUCCUCCAGGGCGUCUCCGGCAGCUACACGCAGAAGGCGUCCCAGGCAGCAGGGAAGGAGCCGGACACGAAGCCGCUCCCCGCUGCAAGGUCGGGCCCCACGUUCCCAGUCCCGGCCAAGACGACGCCAUGGCAGCAGGCAAAGUCCAGCCCCACGUGAGCAGAGAAGGACCCGCAGCUCAGCGAGAUCUGCAACAUCAAGGUCCUCCAGGGCUUCCUCAGUGCAUCAACGCCGGGGACGGUCCACGCAGUGAGGGCAGGCCCUCACACAAAGGCACU